AUCAAAAAAAUAUCGCCCACGUCUCUCACACUGAAAAUCCAUAAGCUUUUCGCAAGUUCGAAUGACGUCGAAGCGCUUGCGCGGCGGUGUAAUUUUCAUUCACAACGUUCGUUUUCCAGCGGCGGCGCGGCGCGAACGAUAUUGGCAAGUUUUCCACGAGUGUCGGGCUCAUUUUAGGCGCGACAGCCAUGUUCUUAACAACCACUAGCGUUUCCAAUAUUUUGAUCAUCCUCUCGCUCAUCGCAACAUCAUCACAAUUCCAAUUUAAACAUCACACCAAUGAAGAAUUGAUCGAAACCCUUGAAAACGUCCAUAGAAGAUGUCCGAACGUAACAAGAAUUUAUACUUUAAGCGAGCCGUCUGUUCGUGGAGUUCCUUUAUACGUCAUUGAGUUUUCAGCAAAACCUGGAAGACAUCAAAUAUUAACACCUGAAUUCAAAUACAUUGGAAAUAUGCAUGGAAAUGAAGUGUUGGGUAGAGAAAUGUUGCUGGCUUUAAUAACAUAUCUCUGCGAUCAAUAUUUGAUACGUGACAAAGAAAUAACGACGUUAUUAUCGAUGACAAGGAUUCAUAUUUUGCCUUCGAUGAAUCCCGAUGGGUGGCAAAGAGCUACGGACACAGGAGGUAAAGAUUACUUAAUAGGUCGCCCGAAUAAUAAUUCGGUCGAUUUAAAUCGAAAUUUCCCCGAUUUAAAUAAAAUUAUGUACAGUAACGAACGAAAUAUGGUCGAUCAUAAUAAUCAUUUAUUACAAGAAGUCGAUAAAUUGAGUCAACCUCUCCAACCCGAAACGAGAGCAGUAAUUCGUUGGAUAAUGUCGAUACCGUUCGUUUUAAGUUCAAAUCUACACGGUGGCGAUUUAGUUGCAAAUUAUCCCUACGACGAAAGUAGAUCGGGAAAACCAAGCGGUCAAUACGCCAAAACACCCGAUGAUGACACAUUUCGUCAUUUAGCUUUAAGUUAUUCAACGUAUCAUAAAGAUAUGGCCGAUCCCAGUCGGAAAGGUUGUGGAGAUUCCGAUUCAGAUAACUUUGCGAAAGAAGGUGGGAUAACGAAUGGAGCGAAAUGGUACAGUUUAGAAGGCGGCAUGCAAGAUUUUAAUUAUUUAUCGAGCAACGAUUUCGAGAUCACAUUAGAAUUGGGUUGUCAAAAAUAUCCGCCGGGUGGACAAUUACAAAAUGAGUGGCAUAAAAAUAAAAACGCUUUAAUGAAUUUCAUGUGGCAAACUCAUCUUGGAAUUAAAGGAAUUGUUUAUAGUACGGCUAGUAAACAACCAAUUAGUAAUGCUAUUAUUCAUGUAAAGAACAUAACUAAUGGAAUGGAGAAAGAUAUCGAACAUGACAUAACAUCUGUUUUUGGUGGUGAUUAUUAUAGGUUAUUAACUCCCGGAAAAUAUAAAGUUACUGCAUAUCGUGAUGGGUUUUUACCUCACAGUAGAAUUGUUACGAUUACAAAUCCCCUUUUUACUGAAGCUCAACGAGUCGAUUUUGGUUUAAAACCGAUUACGAUUCCUCCGUACGUAAGAAUACAAGAUAAUUUAGAUACAAACAACAACAUAGAUUUUAAUACAAGAUUUGCUGGACAACUUUGGAAGCAAUGGAACGCUCAGCAAGAUCAAAUGCAAAUUGAUUAAAUUAGAGUAAUGGAUAUAUGUUUUGAGGAUUGAGUGGAAUUAAAAACAAAUCGGUGAACCAUAAACAGUGGUAAUUUUAACAAGAACGUGUUACGUAGUUAGUUUUAAAUAUAUUUUAUCAUCUUAUUGUUGUAUAUCAUUGUAUAAUACGUAUAUAUUAUUAAUAUUUAUCCCUAUCUAAAGUGGAUUUAAAUAUAAAUAGAGUUUAUGUUUAAUCGUCAAAGAAUUUGUUUUAUCUUAUCCUUAAAUAAUUAAUAAAUAAAAAAAUAUUUUGCCUCUU